AUGCUUACUACACAAGUUGAUUUCAACUUUCCAUCCCUCGAAUCCAUUCAAAAACAUCUUUUUGAUGAUCAUUUAGAGUUUUUUCCCGAUAACUUUAAUAGCUCUUAUAAUGUCGACGAUGAUUGGACGAUUCUUGAGAAUUCACAAGAAUUGUCGACAAACAUGAAAGAAAUCUCAAGCAAUUAUAAGAAGUUAAGUUCACCCAAGUCAUCCGGCAUGUCUAGCCCAAGUUCUUGCCAAAUAUUAUUUCCAAGUAUUUCGGAUGAUGAUCAAGAUGUAUCGUCACUAAAUAUUGAUGAUCCGUUGUUUGACAUUAGUAAAAUUUUGAAUGAUGAUAGUCAUGACCAAACUCUUCCCAUUCCUGAUUUGUCAUGUAUCAUAGACAACAACAACCAACAAAUGUUUCGAGAAAUGGAUAUCGAAUGGAUGAGUGAAAUUCCAAACAUGUUCAAUAAUGAGACACAAGAAGAAUUAGCAACCGAAUUAUUACCUCCAACCUUCAAUAAGGGUAAUAAUCCUCCUUGUAAUAGCCCUCAAAGAUUGGUGAAAAAGACCCUAAACUGGGAUUUCUCAACCGGAAACGUAAUUCCAGUUAAAGAAGAAGCCAAUAUUUGUGACGAGAGAGACAAAGAGAACAAUGUGACAAUUUCACCGCUCCCAUUUCAGUCACAUAGGUGCUAUAGAGGGAUAAGACGUAGGCCGUGGGGAAAGUACACGGCCGAGAUGAGGAACCCUGACAAGAAAGGUUCGAGAUUGUGGCUAGGGACAUACAAGACACCGGAAGAAGCAGCCAUGGCUUACGAUCGAGCUGCUUUUAAGCAUCGUGGCUCUCAAGCUUUGCUUAACUUCCCUCAUUUAAUCUCGUUGCAUGAUAAAGAGCCAGAAAAUUGGACCACUAGAAAGAGAAAUUCAACGACGCUAGAAUCCUCCCACUCAUCUAGUUCUUCGUCGUCGGGGGGAUCAUCAAAUAACAAGAACAUGAAGAAGAAGAAGAAGAGAACAUUUGCUAUUAAAUAG